AUGAUUUCAACAAGGCACAUUGCCCGCUUGGGCAAGCUGGUCCCGAGUGUCAGAGUUCUCUCGAGUACUCGAACACUCGCUACAGUCACAGAUGAUCCCUUGGCUCAGAAGGUCGAGAUGACCAACUGGGAAAAGGGUCACUAUAUCAACUACAAGAAAAUGUCAGAAAAUCUCUCCGUUGUUCGAUCUCGUCUUAACCGCCCUUUGACAUAUGCGGAAAAGAUCCUCUACUCACAUCUCGACGAUCCUCAUGGACAAGACAUCGAGCGAGGAAAGUCAUACCUGAAGCUGAGACCUGACCGGGUUGCUUGUCAAGACGCGACAGCCCAGAUGGCCAUUCUACAAUUCAUGUCUGCAAACAUGCCAUCAGUAGCCACUCCUACAACUGUCCAUUGCGAUCAUUUGAUCGAGGCCCGAAUCGGUGGCGAAAAGGAUCUUGCGAGAGCUCAGGAUAUCAACAAGGAAGUUUACGACUUCUUAUCCUCUUCUUGCGCUAAAUACAACAUCGGAUUUUGGAAACCCGGCUCGGGUAUCAUCCACCAGAUCGUUUUAGAGAACUAUGCCUUUCCCGGAGGUCUGAUGAUUGGUACUGACUCGCAUACACCUAACGCGGGUGGUCUCGGCAUGUGUGCUAUCGGGGUCGGUGGUGCGGAUGCAGUGGAUGUUAUGGCAAAUCUUCCGUGGGAGCUCAAAGCGCCAAAGGUCAUCGGUGUACGGCUGACUGGGGAGAUGUCUGGCUGGACAGCGCCCAAAGACAUCAUCUUGAAAGUUGCUGGUAUCCUGACAGUCAAAGGUGGAACAGGAGCCAUCAUUGAGUACCAUGGGCCUGGUGUCAAGUCAUUGUCUUCGACAGGAAUGGGGACCAUAUGUAACAUGGGCGCUGAAAUCGGUGCCACCACCUCGCUCUUCCCAUUCAACGAACGAAUGUAUGAUUACCUGGCAGCGACGAAGCGGAAGUCUAUUGGAGACUUCGCCAGAACAUAUGCCGCAGAGUUGCAUGAAGACGAAGGGGCUCAGUACGACGAACUCAUUGAAUUAAACCUUUCAGAACUGGAGCCCCACAUCAAUGGGCCAUUCACCCCUGACUUGGCGACCCCCAUCUCCAAGUUCAAAGAAGCGGUGUCUGCCAAUAAGUGGCCAGAGGAGUUAAAAGUUGGACUGAUUGGCUCCUGCACAAACUCAUCCUACGAAGACAUGUCUCGCGCUGCAUCAAUUGCACGUGAUGCUCUUGAUCACGGCGUUAAGGCCAAAUCAAUGUUCACGGUCACUCCCGGAUCCGAGCAAAUUCGUGCUACAAUCGCGCGAGAUGGUCAGCUUAAGACUCUUGAGGAUUUUGGUGGUAUGGUCUUGGCGAACGCUUGCGGACCGUGCAUUGGUCAGUGGGAUCGAAGGGAUGUCAAAAAGGGCGAGGCUAAUUCCAUUCUCUCGUCGUACAACCGUAAUUUCACUGGAAGAAACGAUGCGAAUCCUGCAACACACUCAUUCGUCACCUCACCAGAUCUUGUGGUCGCCCUAUCGUUGGCUGGCACGCUAAAUUUCAACCCUCUGACCGAUACCUUGAAGGACAAGGACGGUAACGAGUUCAAGUUGUCUGCUCCUACCGGAGAUGGCCUACCUGCAAACGGUUAUGACCCUGGCCAGGAUACUUACCAAGCACCACCCGAGGAGCGAGCUUCGAUUUCUGUUGCUGUGUCUCCAGAAAGCGACCGACUUCAGAUCCUCUCCGGAUUUCAAGCGUGGGAUGGCAAGGAUGCUACAGACAUCCCAAUCCUAAUCAAAACCAAAGGCAAGACGACAACCGAUCACAUUUCCAUGGCGGGUCCUUGGCUCAAAUACCGCGGUCAUCUCGACAAUAUCUCCAAUAACAUGUUAAUUGGAGCCAUCAACGCUGCUAAUGGCGAAGCCAACAAGGUCAAGAACUUCGCAACCGGUGAGGUCGGUGCAGUUCCUGCAACAGCCAGAGACUACAAAAAGAAAGGUAUCCAAUGGGUCGUAGUCGGUGACUGGAAUUAUGGCGAGGGCAGUUCAAGGGAACAUGCCGCUCUCGAGCCAAGACAUCUCGGUGGUAUCGCGAUCAUUACUCGUAGUUUUGCCCGUAUCCACGAAACCAAUCUCAAGAAACAAGGCAUGUUGCCAUUAACUUUUGCCGACCCCACCGACUAUGACAAAAUCAACCCAGAUGACAAAGUCGAUGUUAUGUGCACGCAAUUGGCCGUCGGCAAACCCUUGACGUUGAGGGUACACCCCAAAGAUGGCAAGGUUUGGGAAGCAAAGCUGCAGCACACCUUCAACGAAAGCCAGAUCGCGUGGUUCAAGGAUGGCAGUGCAUUAAACACCAUGGCAAGACAUGCAGAGGCGCAGACCGAGAGUGGGGCAAAUGCUUAA